CUGGAUUUUUCGUUCAUUCCACCAUUUUUUCAUCUCUUAGUGACUUACACGCCGGAACAAUGGCUGGAGUUGCUUCGCACCAUCCAUCUGUUCAUCAAUCCAGAUAGCGACUGUGACACUGCACCAUAUCGCUUUAGACCACCAGAGCCUCGACCAGUAAAUCCAAAAAUCCCCAGAUUGGCUGGUAAAUCGCAAUCAGAGUCAUCUAUUGAAGAAUUGGAUGCUGUGCCUCAGUUUGGUAGGAGGGUCACAUCGGUGAAUCCACAACUAUAUGAAAAUGGACAGUCACCGGCUGUUAUGGUCGAUGCUGCCAGCAGUGUGCAUGGAGGACAUUAUGAUCAACGUUAUAUAAGUGUCGGUGUUGCCAAACAAAAUAUGUCCCAUAUAGUGCCAAUGAAAGGAAGGAAUUUUAGUCCUGUCAUCGCGCAAAAUACGGUGAUGCAAAUGCAAAGUCCAAACGCACAAACUCAAUAUGUGAUGGCUGCUGGCGCCCAUGGCACACCGCUACGCACGCAGCAAGUCGUUGUGCAGACUGCCUCUCCUCGAGGACAGGUAGUCUACCAAGUUGCGCCAUCGAGUCAUCAGGCAUCUUUAAUAAGACAAGUUACGCCAGAUAAGACCAAGGGAAACACGCAACUUCUUAUUGUAAAUCAUGGUAGUCCUGGAAGGAUUCCCGGCGUUGUGUCUACACCUCAGCCUACCCUUGCUACUUUGAAGCGACCUGUGCGCAGUAGUCGCUUAAGAAAGGAAGUAGAAACCAUAGCACUUGAUGAUGAUGACGAGACAUGUGGAGCUAAAGCUUCCUCGUCGUCAAGCAGUGGCGAACAUGGUGAAAAUGGGGUAGGAAAUAACGGCAACGGCGAACCGUCAGAGAAAAAAGCGCGUAUAGAUGAAAGCAUUCGAGAUGAAGUUCUUCUCGUUUUUCCACCUGGCGAGACUGGAGCAGUUUCUUGUGAGUACCUUUGA